GUUAUUUAUUUGUCAUCGGCCGGACGGCGACCAACUUUGUACCUAGGUAGUAGGUACUCUACGGAUUAGUUAAAAUAAUUUACAGUCUCCGUACUCCUUAUCUUUUUAACUUUUUUUUACUUUGAAUACCUAGUCAGUAGUCUAUAGUGGCAUUGGUGACAAAAUAAUUUGGUUUUGAUGGCCGUGAUAAAGUCUGUGAUCUGACUGAACGCGAACUACCAAUUUUACCACAGCAUCGUUAGAUCGCCAAGACGCCGAGUUUGGUACGUGUGGUCGAUCGUUGACAUAAGUUCCGGAAAAGCCGAAUUCAUAAAGUGACGACGUGAAAUCUACGAAUUUAUUGCAAUAUAGGAAUAACGAAGAACACUGGAAACAUAUUUUAAGUUGGUACGAAAAAUCCACAUUGUCGUGUUGAUAAAAUCUGAUCUAUAAUCGCACGUACACACGACUGACGAGUAGUGGCGACAGCACGACAAGUCGACAACAACAACUGAGUUACCUACAGAACUGCUACGGUCUACGACGGGAAACAGGGAACGUGCGGGUUUGAGAACGACGGUCGCAAGUAGGAGUUCUAAAAAAUAUUUUAACGAUCGUCUUUAGACUUGGACCACGUAUGCUAUUCACUAUUCGCAACGUCUGUGUAGGUAGGCACCUUGAAUUUUCCAAGUGUAUUGUUCCGAGUUGGUAGGAAAAACAUGAAAACAGUAACGAAACAGUGUAAAUCUAGUGCCUAAACGAAACUCACCGUCAUGGAAAUUUCCGUCGGUAUUUUCGGCGUUUUUCUCGCGUUGUUGACGGCCGUGUAUUAUUUCGUGAGGACCAGAUCGUUCGGAGGAUUGAUCGCCGACAGUUUGCCCUCGUCGACGACACCGUUGACCCCCGUCACCGUUCCGCGAGCCCGGCGAUCGGCUUCGCGCCUCGGAUCACCACUGCUUCCGACCGCCACUAACGGCGGCUUGUCGGCCAGAGUUCCCGAAAAAUUUCGCGUGUCGGUAAAUCCGUUCACGCCGACCGGUAUCGAGAUUUUGAAAAACAGAAAGAAACGCUUUCCCGGAUCGAAUGACCGUAACGUCCCAAGUCUCGAGAGCGGCGGCGGCGGCAGUGACGACUUCGAUCAGUCCACCCCCCCUUGCAAAACAACACCCGUUUCCGCUCACCCGUCCGUCGUCAAACGUCUGUUGAACAGCGGCGAGGUGACCAACGUCAGUAUACGCGAACUGCAGACGUCCCGAUUUCACAAAGAGUUCAGAAUAGACGAGUUCAUCGCCACCGGUAGUUUCGGCGUCAUAUACAAGUGCACAAAUCUGUUCGACGGAAUACCGUAUGCGAUUAAAAAAAUCAAACAGACGACGUACAAGAGUCCGGAGUAUUUGGUCCGCAAGGAAGUGUACGCAAACUCGGCGUUCGGGCGACAUCCAAAUUUGGUUUCGUACUUUACGGCGUGGUACGAGAAGGGUCACAUUUAUAUUCAAACGGAAUUCUGCCAUGGCGGCACCCUGGAGCGCAUGAUUCACGAGUCCGAUCACGUGUUCUGCGACAACGCUCUAAGGCGAUUGCUGUGGCACGUGUGCAAUGGUCUGGCUCACAUUCAUUCCAAAAAACUUGCACACUUGGACAUAAAAGCAGCAAACAUAUUAAUAUGCAAAAGUAAUGGGGCGUUGGUGUUUGCUGACGAUCUAGACGACGACGAAGAAAUAGUUGACAAAGAUAUUGUUUACAAGAUAGGUGACUUUGGGCAUACAAUAUGUGUUGAAGAUGUCCGAAGUAUUGAAGACGGUGAUUCUCGCUAUUUACCUAAAGAACUAUUACGUGACGAUUAUUCUCAGUUGCAAAAAGUCGAUGUGUUUUCUACCGCACUUACAGUAUACGAGGCUGCAACUCGAAAACAUUUACCUAAAAAUGGACCAGAAUGGCAUCGGUUAAGAAAUGGCGAAUUUUCGUUACCUCAAACUAUCUUUUUAAGUACGAGUCUAGAAAAAUUGCUGAAAAAAAUGGUUGAUUUAGAUCCUUCUAAUAGGCCUAGUGCUUCUAAAGUGGUUAAUCUAUUGCUCGAUAGAGGAAUGGCAGCUACUAAGGAUCAAGAUGAAAUGGAAGCAUUGAAAUUAAGUGCUCAAUUCCUUGAACCUUGGUUAGUCAAUUUAAAACCGUCAAGAACAACAUUAUCAGAUAGAGGUACAUAUUUAAAGACUGACAAUUGUAGAAAAAUUGAAGACUAUUGUUUCAAUAAUAGCAAAAAAAUUAAUUAAAAUAUUUAACCUUAUAAAGUUAUAAAGUUUGAACUUAGAGAUUUGUUUUUAUUUAUUUAUUCAAAUUUAACUGUUAAUCAAGACAUUUUAAAAGCAAUGCUUAGUUUAAAUUAAAAAAAAAAAAAUGAUUAGUAUCAUUCCUUUUAUUUGUUAUAUUUUAUAGUUAUGUUAUUAUAUAAAUGAAAAGACAUGACAAAGCAUUUUCUAAAAAUGUUAUCUAUUUAAAAAUCUAAAUUCCAACAAUUUACAAAAUAUUUUAAAUUUUAACAUAAACUUAUAUAUAAAUAUUAUUG